UUUCUCUCGAGCUCCCUCCUCUCCCUUUGUCAUUCUAGGUGCCUGCUGCCUCCGCAGCGUCCCUCUAGCUCUCUCUGUGCUAACUGCCUGCGCCUUAGGGUGCGCAAAGCCGAAGGAUUAGUUGGGACCUGCCUUGGUGAUCCCAUGGCAUCCCCCAGAACCGUAACUGUGGUGGCCCUCUCAGUGGCCCUGGGACUCUUCUUCGUUUUCAUGGGAACUAUCAAGUUGACCCCGAGGCUCAGCAAGGAUGCCUACAGUGAGAUGAAACGUGCUUACAAGAGCUAUGUCCGAGCCCUCCCUCUGCUGAAGAAAAUGGGGAUCAAUUCCAUUCUCCUCCGCAAAAGCAUUGGUGCUCUUGAGGUGACCUGUGGCAUUGUCAUGACCCUUGUGCCUGGGCGUCCCAAAGAUGUGGCCAACUUCUUCCUGCUCUUGCUGGUGUUGGCUGUGCUUUUCUUCCACCAGCUAGUCGGUGAUCCUCUCAAACGCUAUGCCCAUGCCCUGGUGUUUGGAAUCCUGCUCACCUGUCGCCUGCUGAUUGCCCGCAAACCAGAAGACCGAUCUUCUGAGAAAAAGCCCUCAUCGCCCCCGGGAAAUGCCGGCAAUGCCUCCAGGAAUGCAGGAAAUGCCGAGGAGCAGCCCUCCUUAUAUGAGAAGGCCCCUCAGGGCAAAAUGAAAUUGUCAUAGGAAAGCAGAAGUGCAAAAGUGGACCUUCCAGGCAGUUGCCUCCAUGCCACCCAGGAAGAUGUCAAGUGUGUGUAUUUUCAUUUGAUUUAUUGAUCUUGGGGAAAGAGAAAAAUAUUAUUUGCUAGUUAAUGGAUUGGCUUGUGUACAUCUAUACCCUAAAAUGAGCUCCUCACAUAGACGUAUGUGCACCACCUUUAAUCACUCUGGGGCAACUCACAUCUUGCUGCAUGUACAUGUAUAUGGCUAAGUAUUGAAGUGUAUUUGUGAGAUGGACUCCCAGCAAGCAUGUGACUGUGAGAUUAUGUGUGGGAAAAUGUAUUUACUCUGUGUGUGUGUGUGUGUGUGUGUGUGUGUGUGUGUGUAUGCACGCACAUGCAGAGGAGAAGGCUCUGAUCUUGUACUAAUCCUGCAUAUGUAUCUUUCCCUUUGGAGACUGAUUCUAGCCCAAGGCAGAAUAAAAUAAACCUCCUGGAAGGAGAAUCGUACUUACUUCUGGUAUAAAACAAGUGAUGUAUUCCCAUGAGAUGGGGGAGUUCCUCAAUAGAUUAAGCUGAAAACUUAAAUUUACCAUUUUAUGAGAAAGUUCCUUCAAUUUGAGACAUUGAGUUACAUGUAAAAUGAAUCAGCCUCUGCUUUAAUAGUUGGUUAAAUUUUAAAUACUCCAUAUUGAGUUUAAUUAAAAUAAGGAAUAUAUGCAGUGCACAGAGAACCUAAUUGUUCAAGUGAUAAAAUGGUAAGUUUCACCUUGCCUUUGUCCAAACCCAACCUACCAAGCUCCUUUAUUCACAGUUGGAAACUGAAGCAGUAAACCUGUUACCAGACAUCUUCUUCAGGUUUUCUUAAGCCAAAAACUGCCUCUCUUUCACUGUUCUCACCAGCGAAACAGGGUUUGCCAGCUGCUCCACUGUUGUGGUUGAGGGAGCAGGGAUUAGUCCUGUUAGAAGUCUGUGAAUCUCAAACUCUAGCUGUUCUCUUGAAUCAUCUGAAAUUUGACAAGAGGAGCUGGAUCCUUGCCAAACCGAUUCACUACUCCUAUUGAAUCUUCACUGAACUUUGCUAGUGUAAGCAGAGAUCAUAGUUACUCCCUUGGUGGUCUCUACACCUCUUCAUCAUUCCAGUGGGUGGAGUUUAGCUGGGGGAAAAACAUUGGACAUGGGUUAGUUGGAUUGAGCAGUAUGAAAAUUUGUUUUCUUCAUUACAUACUGCUGUUUCUCCUUGUUAGAUGUGCUUUGAUGGUUUUAAAAGCAUUGUGCCAGGGAUGGGGGUGUUGUGUGGGGGGAGUACAAAUUAUUGUAUUUUCUUCAAUGUCAUUGUUCUUGUUAAUUGAUACCUCUGUCUUCUUAUUUCUCUCAUUCUUUAAAAAUAAAAAAAUUUUUGAAAUUUG